UCCGCAAAAGCGGGGUGCAGCGACACCAGCUGCACCACCUGCUUCCGCCUCCUGCACUCAUCGGAAACCCUUCCUUCGUCAUCGUGCUCUCCUUUGCACUUGUGUGUUCUUUUACCUCUGCUUUCUCUCUUACCCUUUGCUCUGUUUCUUCGUCCCUUCCUACUCGCUGGUGAUACUUCCUCUUCCUGGGCUUCUCCUUCUUCUCACGAUGAGCUCUGUUGCGUCCACUUCCGCCGACAAUCCCCCUAGGGGAGCGGCCAACCCUAUGCGACGCUACCUUCACACGAAUGGAGCUACCAAGAGUAAUGAGACACAAGCUCCCUACGCUCUCGUCACAGGCACCACUGGCGGCAUGGGCGAAGAGUGGGCCAAACAACUUGCUGCUCUAGGCUUCAACAUCAUCCUGCAAGGGCGCAAUCGCUCCAAGCUCGAGACUGUCCAGUCCGCCAUUGCUGUGGCCACUCCUUCCGCUCAGACCCGGCUGCUAGUGACCGAAGCCACCAUCUACCCCAAUGAGCACCUCACACAGGAGCUCACUUCCCUCCUUUCCGACCCGGAAGUGCGUCUCACAGUAGUAAUCAACAACUUGGGGACAGCCAAUGCACAUUUCCCUCUGCUGGAGGAAGAGACGAGCGAAACAAUCGCACAGGUGAUCAUUUCCAAUACGAUCUUCCCCGCCGAGGUGACACGGAUCUGUCUCCCGCAUCUGAAGCGGCACGAGCCCUCCCUCCUAGCCGUCGUCUCCUCCAUUGGCGUCUGGGCUACCCCUCCAUACGUCUCACCCUACAUCGGUACAAAGGGUUUCGAUCUCGGCUUCUGCCAGUCAUUGUACAAUGAGAUGAUCGCAGAGAAACGUGACGUCGACGUCACCUGUCUCGUGCCGGGGCAGGUCAUCUCUGGUAUGCUCGACGCGCCUGAAUCUCUGAUGAUACCAACGAGCGAGGGCUGGACCCGCGCUGCGAUUCAGAGUUUGGCGCCUGGCAUGUGGAACUUCUGGAGCGUGAAGCCAGGGGUGUGCAUCGUGCCGCACAGGUGGCAGUACUGGGCUACGGUCGUUACGAGUUUCUUGCCUGCAGGUGUGACUAGAAGGCUUGCCAUUGGCAUUGCCAAGGGCUUGAAGGAGGGAGCAGCCAAGAAGAAGUAGAUAGGGAGCGCUCGAAAAGGAAGAAGGGCAAAUGCAGGCAGGUAGGCAGACUUUCCUUCCAUCUGUUCUCGUCUGGACACGUUGUUGCAAUAGAUACCCCUACAUUCAUAGUCAUAAUGCUUGCCGGGCAU